UGUCGUUCGCUUGGUCGCUUUCAGUCUUUCGUUGUCAUUGUUAAAGAAGAAGUGAAAGCGAAACCAUGGAUCUAAUAACAAUAAGACUCGCUAUGUUGUUGGGAGUUUUUUUGUUAAUUAUUACGGAGUUUCAUCAAGUUGUUGGUCAACAACAAGAAGAGUUAACGUUUUUAGCCGAUGAUGGAACUGGUAGUUUUAAAGUGUUGGCAUUUGCUGGACCGAUGAGGAGAAGUUUUGGACGGAUUGUUAGGGAUUCUAGGGUACACGAAGGAAAUUACCUGGGGAAUAAUGGGUUUUAUGUACCGUAUAAUCCCGGUGCUGAGGAGUUUUAUACUGAUGGUUCUUAUAAAGGGGAGAAGAUUUAUUGGUUUAAAGGAAAAAGAAUUUAUUGGUAGAAUUUUUUAACCAAGAUUAUGAUUAGAUUAUAGGUUCUGUGAUAGUGUUAUUGCUAAAUUUGAUUAUUAAAUUAUGCUUAUUAA